GUGAAGUGACGCAAGCGUAAUUUGGCCCACACGAUAUGCCGUAGUCUGAAAGAUGGCGACCUUAGCGCUGGUUAGCCGUCCUGCAGGUGUCCUUCCAAGGAUUGCAAGUGGCUGCUCCCCUGCUGUGUUGUCAGCGGCCUCCGUCACCUCCGUCCAGCAGAGGAAGCUCCACCAUGCCGUCCUCCCCAAAGGGAAAGGAGGACGCUCCUCCUCCAGUGGGAUAGCGGCGACGGUGUUUGGUGCUACAGGUUUCCUGGGGCGAUACGUGGUCAACAGGCUGGGUCGGAUUGGCUCUCAGGUUGUAAUCCCUCACCGCUGCGAUCAGUAUGAUGUCAUGUACCUUAGACCCAUGGGUGAUCUUGGACAGAUCCUUUUCAUGGACUGGGAUGCAAGGAACAAAGACUCCAUCAAACACGCUUUGGAGCACUCUAAUGUUGUCAUCAACCUGGUGGGCAGAGAGUGGGAGACAAGUAACUAUCGCUUCGAGGAUGUCUACGUGAGCAUCCCUCAGCAGAUUGCCAAGGCAGCCAGAGAGGCCGGCGUCACCAAGCUCGUCCACAUGUCUCACCUCAACGCCGACUUACGCAGCCCGUCCAAAUACCUCAGGAACAAGGCCGUAGGAGAGGCAGCAGUGAGAGAUGAGUUUCCUGACGCGAUCAUCAUGAAGCCCUCGGAGAUCUUUGGCAGGGAGGACAGGUUCUUCAACUAUUUUGCAAGUAAGACUAUUGUUUGUGAGUGAUAAGGCUUUAUUGGUAAUGUGCCAUUCU